CUACUCCCACCGUUUGGUUUAUAGUUCGAAAUUGCUGCCUGGGACGUUUUAAGUGAUCUAUGUGGGGUCUGUGGGCCUGCGGGGAUUACUGCCUCAGGGUCCUCCUGCCUCCAGAGCCUGCCCUCUAGCCACUUUGUUGUGCUGAUGCACUUCCCACCCCCUACAUUCUCUGUGGGACCACAGUAUAAAUUUAAAUGAGAGGGAAGGCCAAUAAGAAAAAGGAAGAAAUUAGAUCUGUGGAAAGAAGACUUCUUAUAGCUCUAUGAAAGGGAAGAGAGAGGGAGGGGUCUUGCUUGAACCAGAAAGAAUUAGAAGGAAAGAAAAUAGGUUAUUAGACGCCAUCAUUAGGUUAAGAACAGCCCACUUUCUCCCAACAGCCCAGUGAUGCAGAUGAUCUGGCCCUAAUGGCACACAACUCAUUUCCUCACAGAUCUGAGUGGUUCCUGCCCUGGGUUGGCAUGGAAGGGCUUCUGAGAAGAUGGAGGGGCUUUCCCCGUGUACUGUGGGCCAUUUGCCAGUGGUCACAGCAUCCCCCUUGCAGGCUUUACCAUCACCCUCCAGGCAGAGCAAAACGCCUGCUGCUGUCUCAUUUUUUCCAGCCUCAGAACCUCCGGGAAAAUCAAGUGGUCAGACUAGAGGACAAGUCUGCCGAAGUGACCUGUAAGAGCCAAAGGCUGAUGCUUCAGACCGGGCUGAUUCAGCCUGCUGGUCCUGGCUGUUACCACUACCUGCCCUAUACCGUUCGAGCCAUGGAGAAGCUGGUCAGGGUAAUAGACCACGAGAUGCAGGCCAUCGGUGGGCAGAAGCUUGACAUGCCCACUCUGAGCUCAGCCGAACUCUGGAGAGCCACUGACCGGUGGGAUCUGAUGGGCAAAGAGCUUUUUCGGCUGCAGGAUCGCCAUAACAAAGACUAUUGUUUGGGACCAACCCACGAGGAAGUCAUCACCAGCCUGAUAGCCUCUCACAAGACCUUGUCCCACAAGCAGCUUCCCUACCUUCUUUAUCAGAUCACACGUAAGUUCCGGGAUGAGCCCAGACCCCGCUUUGGCCUCCUGCGAGGCCGGGAGUUUUACAUGAAGGACAUGUACACCUUUGACUGCUCUUCUGAAGCUGCUCACCAGACGUAUGAGCUGGUAUGUGAAGCUUACGGCAGAGUGUUUACUCGGCUCGGGCUUCAGUUUGUGAGGGUCCAGGCAGCCGUGGGGAGCAUCGGUGGGACGAUGUCUCACGAGUUUCAGCUCCCCUUGAACAUCGGGGAAGACGUACUUGCGGUCUGCUCCAAUUGCAGCUUCACAGCCAAUGUUGAGACGCUGGAUCCCAGGCAUCCAAAUUGCCCUGUGUGCCAAGGGAAACUGACAGAAACCAAAGGGGUUGAAGUGGGGCACACCUUUUAUCUGGGCACCAAGUAUUCAUCUGUAUUCAAUGCUGAGUUCAUCAAUGCUCAGGGCAAGCCUUCGCUAUUAGAGAUGGGGUGCUAUGGGUUAGGUGUGACCCGCAUCUUAGCUGCAGCCAUCGAGGUGCUUUCCAUGGAAGACUGUAUCCGCUGGCCUGGUCUGCUUGCCCCUUACCAAGUAUGCCUUAUUCCUCCCAAAAAGGGCAGCAAGGAAGAAAUGGGAAUAGAGUUGACGGGGACCCUAUAUGACGAUAUCACAGAGGCCUUGCCCCAGCUGCAGGGGGAGGUCUUGCUUGAUGACAGGACACAUUUGACCAUUGGAAACAGAUUGAAAGAUGCCAACAAACUUGGUUACCCCUUUGUUGUGGUAGCUGGCAAGAGAGCCUUGGAACAGCCUUGCCAUUUUGAGGUUUGGUGUCAGAGCAGCAAUGAGGUGGUAUUCCUUAGCAAACAAGGAGUGAUCGAUUUGCUACGUAAAGUACAAACUGUCUAA